GGGAGCAGAACGGGACGAUGGAGAUCCUUAUAUUGAACCAAGCAUUCUAAGCAACAAAUUUACUGUCCCACAAAAGGAACAUUUAUUGAAACCAAAAAGAAUGGCUCCGUAGACGUCAGGUUUUGAAAAACAAACAUUUUAAUGCUAAGCGUUCAAAUAUUAGUCUGUGAUAUUUCAAUACACUUUUGAUAAUUUUUUUCCCAGCCACUGAAAUGCGUUUAUUAACUGCGUUUUAAAAGCCUGCAUAAAACAAUUUUUCAAACCAAGUUACAAAAGUUAAAGAGAUUUGUUUUCAAAACCGUCCAUCACAUGAAAUCUCGCCAAAGCGUCAGAUAAAUCAUUAUCUCUGUGUGAAGUCAUUAACAGUGUUCUUCAGAGUAUCAAUAAUUGGCUCGGAAUCAAUGUUUAAAAUGCAUCGCGCGCAUAUCAAAUCCCUUUCUUUACAUGUAUGCCCAUAAUUGUGAAAUAUUUCAACAUGAGUGUUUGCCAAAUAUACCUUCUCUUAUUUCUCCAGUUCGGUUAUUUGGAUAGUUUUUCAGUUUAUGAACAAUUACAUAUGUUUGGAAUGGAGUGUGGCAAUGUAAUCACCAGCCACAUUAUUUCAGGGAGCACUAAAUUUGUCAAGUCUAGGAUAGAAUGUGCAGCUCACUGCUUGGUAACUACAGACUGUGGAACCAUUUUGUUUGAUAAGAAGGUCGGACAUGGACAGGAGGGUCUUUGCACGCUGGUCACCGAGUCGUCUACAAGUCCGUACGUACUGGAAAGCAACUCGUCUGUAUGCUUCAUGAUGAGAGCGUCUGUGGAAACAACAACUGUACCAUCACCAACUGAAACAACAAUAACGGCACCGACAACAACUACAUCUACAACAAUAACAACGAUGACAACGGCACCGACAUCAACGACGGUACCGACAACAACUACCCCGACAACAACUACUACACCGACGACGACAACAACGAGUGCACCGACAACAUUACCACCAACAACAAUAGUGACACCGACAACAACGGUGACACUGACAACAACGACUACACCUACAACAAUGACAACUACAUCUACAACACCGACAACUCCGACAACAACGACGGAACUGACAAUACCAACGACAUCGACAACAACGGCGACAUCGACAACAUCUAUUGGAGAGACCAUCAUUGAUAUAAUAGACAACGUUAACAACAUGUGCACCACGAACUCUCAACACGAUAUAGCCAUAGUGACAACCAAUGGGGUUCAUCUCUAUGACGACGCCGCAUCCCUGACCAAUGGAGCGUGUGGGAAUAAGACUAUUGUGGGGCUGUUUCAAGGAUUUACCCCCCUCCCCGACAGUAGCACGUGGAAUGCUCUGUUAACCUACAACAAUGACAAAUUUGAUCUAUUCACAAAUGAUGGUCAAGUAUACAGAUGGCAGAAAGACAGUGGAAAAAUUAACCCAACAUCAGGUUACCCCAAAACUAAACACGCUUAUAUUUUAGCCGCCGUGUCUUACACCCCCACAAACACCUUCAGCGCUCAGUGGGCGGUUUAUACACAAAUCACCGGCGCACAGACUUUUUACUUCUUUGACGCGUCCACUGACACAAUCUAUUACUACCGCAACCAGCAACCUCAUGAGGGCAGUUUCUCUAUCAGCGACAUGACAAACAUGGACAACAAUGGGAAGCCAAUAAACCUGUGGUACAAUCUACCCAGCAAUGUGGUGGGCGUCACCGGACAAGAAAACACCAAAAAAUUUAUCGUUGUUGAUGUUGACCUCAAUGUGUACGACUACGAUAUACCCAACCCCAAUGACGUCAACACUUUUCCGCCAGUGUGUUCCCCACAGGGGCAACUACAGUUGUGAUGGAGUUAAUAGUAACCGUUAAAAUGUACUUGUAUGAUGGCUUAAUUCCUACAGCUUCGAUCAUCCUCAACAAAGAAUAAUCGUCAUUGUGCUCGGCAUUUUGAUUCUUUUUAACAGCAUGAAUAAAAAAUAUACAUUACCAAAACAGACAUUGAAAUUUGCAAAAAACAUUUGACAAGAAAAUGCAGAAAAAGUAAUUAGAACAGACCAAUAUUAUUACUUGUGCAAUAAGUUAACCAAUCAUUUAAAAGUAUACGGCUACAAAACUUCAUUGUGCUCGUUCAUGCGUGGAUUCAUAAAAAAAA